AUGGACGUCGCUAUCCCGGCCGACGAUAACCUGAGCAAAACGUUCAUCGAAAAGUUGACAAAAUACCAUGAUCUGGCUUUUGAACUGAAGACUAUCUACAACUUAAAGUCAACAACAAUACUGCCUCUGCUCAUGUCAAGAAAUGGAUUGGUCGAGAAACAUCUGGUUGAGAAUACACAGAGACUGGAAUUGGACGAGGAGGUCAUCAGCGCAGCCCAAAAAGAAGUUAUCCUCGCGAACACAAGACUGGGCAACUGUAAAAUACAACAAAACACAUCAUCAACAAUAAAACAAAAAACAGAGUACAACAACUUACUGAAUGCGAGGUUAAUCUCUAAGUCUAAGAAAUGUACAAAAGUAGACAGAAAAAUUAAAGCACUACAAAGAAGAAUACAUAAAGCAGAUUAUAAAGUUCCAGAGAAAUGGUUCAAGAAUUUGUCCCAGACAACAGUACCUGAAGAGGUUAAAACAGUCCUUGGUUUGGGUUCCAAAUUUAACGUCCCUUUAGACCACAAAGAAAUACACAUCAAAGACCUAAUAGCAGACGUUGAGAGCAUUUUGGACUUGGUGGAGGAAGAUAGAAGAGACACUUUGAGAGCUAAGAUAGCAAGCAUUAUAACCGGUCAUCUACAUAAAGUUCUCGACAGUGACAAAGGUUCAGUGACUGUACUUAUGGAUAGGGCGGAUUAUCUUCAGAAGAUGUACUCAAUUGUUGACACUGACGAUUUCAAAAAUAUUUCUAGAGACCCAACGACCACUAUCCAGAAUAAAACCAACAAGAUCAUAUCCACACUUGUAAACCAAAAUAUACUAAGUAAAGAAGCUGCAAGAUCAAUGAAAUCAUAUAAUUCAGUGAGCCCUAGAAUGUACGGAAAUCCCAAAAUACAUAAAGAAAAUGUCCCAAUGCGACCAAUCGUAUCUGAUGUACAGGGUCCCACAUGUAAAUUUUCAAAUUAUAUUGCACAAAUCCUAACAGAAGCCUAUGACCAGGAUAAUGCAUAUUAUGAGUUGGUACUGAGAGCAAUGGAAUUCCAUUGGAACAAGAUUGAGGCAUUCUGCAACAUAUCAAAAGAAUACUUCAAGGAGAUGAUCACCUUCCUCCUAGAAUCAGGUUACUUCAUGUUCGAUGGCAGUUUCUAUUUGCAGAUGUUUGGGUGCAUUAUGGGAUCCAGACUUAGCCCGAUUUUGUCGUUGUAUGUGAUGGACUAUGUGCUCGACUCCUGUAUAUCUAGAUUAACAUUCACACUUGCAUUUAUAAAAAAAUAUGUAGACGACCUAAUAAUAUCCCUACCAUCAACGGGAACUGAGGAGAUAUUGCAAGUUUUCAACAGCUUCGACCCUAAAUUAAAGUUGAUUGAAACAGAAGAUUGUUACAACUCUGUUCCGUUCUUAGAUACCAAGAACAAAAAAACAGGAUUUAUAAAAUCUGUGAUCCAACAUUCAGAGAUGGAAGCAUGA